CGAGGUUUCUGAACGCAGCACACGUGACGUUUCCCACGUGACCCAAUGUUUUGUUCCUAAACCGGUUGAUGCUCGGCUUUAGUGCUAUCUCCAACACUCGAAACAUCUGUUCCUUUUAGCAAUUUAUUCGAUUCUUUACUAUGUAGCACUAGCGACUUGUUUGCCUCAGACUUUUGACCCAUUUGUCGACGUCGCUUUACAGAAAUCAGGUCACGUUCGCUGGAUCGGCGGCAGGUUGCGUUAGCUAACGAGCGUCAGCAUGGCAGCAGUUGACAGCUUCCAGUUUUUGUACAAAGAAAUUUCUCGAUCAUGCGACUCUUACUUCGAAACCCUGGCCCUGGUGGGAGCCCUGUACACAGCCAGUAAGGCAGUAAUCCUGCUGAGAGACUGCUGCUCGUUAGUCAGGGUUCAUUUCCUGCCAAGACUGAUCCCGAGCAAGAAGCUGACCCAAAGAUUUGGCGACUGGGCCGUCGUUUAUGGUGCAUCGGAGCCUGUUGCCAAAGCCUAUGCAGAGGAGCUGGCCAGGCAUGGGGUCAGCAUUGUCUUUGUUACGCAGGACCACACCUCUGUUCGGGACACUGCUGCAGUUCUCUCCCAGAGCUAUGGAGUGGAAACCAUUGUUGUCCUAGCUGACUUCUCACUGGACCAGGCAGCCAGUAAACCCAUCAAAGAAGCCAUUCGCGAUAGGGAUAUUGGCUUCCUCGUGAACUGCCUUGAGGAGUCCUUGAAUUCCCCUCAGAGUCUGACUGAAGUGCCCGAGCAGGGUCUGUUGGAUUUAGUGAACAAAAACGUGGCAGUCGCUACUCUGAUGACCCGGCUGGUGCUGCCAGGGAUGGUUGGGCGCGGCCGAGGAGCUGUGGUCAAUAUAUCGUCAGGUGCUUGCUGCAGACCCUUGCCUGGAAGAGUGACACUCACCGCCUCCACUGGCUACUUGGAUCAUUUUUCAAGAGCUCUUCACCUUGAGUACUAUGGCAAAGGGAUCUUUGUCCAAAGUCUAAUACCUUUCCAGAUAGCCUCAAGUGGACGACAGCAGUCAUUUUCCAGAGAAGGAUGGUUUGUACCGAGGCCAGAGGUUUUUGCACGUCAUGCAGUCUCUACUUUGGGAGUGUCUAACAGGACCACUGGUUAUUGGCCUCACACGCUGCAGUACGGACUAAUGAGGUGUAUUCCAGAGUGGAUUUGGGUUCUUGGAUCACGGGUGUUCGUCAGUUGAAACCAGGAUUCAGCUGUGCUACUGGAUCUUCUUGUUACUGGAAUCACAUGUAGAGUGAAAGUGACUAUGCACAUACAUCUUACAUACAUCGUCUUACAUGUGUGUGGACUUGAGUACUAUAGACGCCAGACUUCCUGGUGAUAAGAUUUUAUGGUGCACAGUCAUGAGGUUGGAAGCUUUACUUAAAGACUAUAAAGUCUGUCUGGCAACUGAGUCUUCCUUUUGAAUUGCCUAAUAAUUGAGAUAUAAUCUGGACUAGUGCACAGUUACAUAAAAGAUUAUUUAAGAUCAGCUGGCUUCCAACAUGGAACACGAGGGCCCAGGUCAUUUUGGGUUAGGACUGCAUGAAAAAAGCAAAAUCAUAAUAGAUGAGUCAAAUAGAAGAAUAUUCAUAAACAAACAAUUCAUAAAAUAAACAAUUCUGUCCUGCAGUGUUAUGCACCUUCAACCACAAACACUUUCAAUCUGCUAUUAGCCUAAAUUCCAGGUAGAAUUUAUAAGCAUUUACAGAAGCUUGUGCGUCCAGUUGGCAAAUCUCACACACACAUUACAAAUGUGGGAUUUAUAGAGGGAAAACACUUUCCACCAUCCUCCGUUGACUGUGACCAAAGGAGAAGAUAAGCUUGAACCUGAUGUUCCUGCACUGUGCGGUUAUCUCGCCCGUUCUCCCGUCUAAUCAGAUAGAGCCACAACAUGCCAGCUGAGGAGGAGUGUUUUCAGAAAACAAGUGUGAGGCUGUGAGUGAACCCAGAUGGUAAUAUUAAAGCGUGUACAGGUGUUUGAAGUGCAGAGUGAUGUCUGGUUUUGAUAUUUUGAAACAUGUUUGAAUGGAAUCAUUAAAGUGUUUGUGUUUAAAAUUCAA